AUACCAUUAAAGAUGUUAACCAUGAAUAAAAUGUUAUAUACCAUGGAUAUCAAUAAAAAUAUUCUUCUAUUGCGAUAAAAACGCAAUAAGUACUAUAAAAUAAGCGCCAGACUCAGAGAUUGAAUUCCUCCAAGGUUAAAGUAUUGGGAUACGAAAAAUAUUAUAUAGCAUUAAUAUGUUCUCUAUCCUUCUCGUACUAAGUACAGUUUGCAAAAGACAAACAUUAAAUGACAACUAAGUUAUUUCUCAGAAGCGUAGGUAAUAUCUAGACUGAAUUGUCAUUUUAUUAUCUGUAGAGUUGCCAGACAAAAUUAUUGAAUACAAAGACUGUACAAAUUUCUGAUUUAUAUAUCCGCAUUGUAACAUAUUAGAUUUAUUAUCUGUAUAUAUUACAUGUAAUUAUGUAAAGGUAAACUAAUAAAUAAUUACAUUUACCUAAUUCCACUAGUUGUAAUUUUUGUAACACUAAGUUUUCUCUGUAGUUUUAAAUAAGUGACUGCAGAAUAAAAAAAAGUUACUGGCUACUCUGCGUAUGAAUGAAAUGCCAAACGUCAGUGGUGAAUAAGGAGACGAUUCGAUUGCGGUUCAAUUAAUUUGUAAAAAUAUCAUGUUUAACACCGCGUAAUGAUGUAAAAUUUGUCAUGCUAAUUGAGUAUUAGUGUUAUAUGUGAAAGCUAUACCGCUAAAAUGGCUGACAGCAGCGACUCCGAGGAGUUUUACGAUGCUGAAGAAUUCACACCCGUCAAGGGAUCAAAACGCUCCUCCCUCUGUAAAAGCAUAAGUGUGACAGAGAGUGGAGAUGCCCAAGAGAAGACCCAGGAUAAAACACAGACGCUCAAGGCGACAGACCUGUCCCUGCAAGUGUCAGGGAUCACUAAUGUGCCUGCUGCCGAAGUCACCCCUGAAGAUGACAGGACCACUGUUAAAAAUGUGGUGCAGGGGAGGCGGAGAUUCCAAGAGCUGCGCCGAUGUAUGCAGACUGAGGAAGAGGACGAGGGUCCUGACCCCGCUGACACAAUAGACCACCAGCCACUCACACUAGAACAUCCAUUUAAGAUAUUAUCCCAGGACACGAUGAGCUUGCAGAGUAUGACGUCACUCGGCAGGAUUGGUAGGAUGCUGAGUGGAGCGUCCGAAUCACACCGUAAGCCCAGCAUUAGGGAUUCCAUGCCGUUACCCUCGUCCUCAUCUAGGGAGCCAUCUACAAUAUCUGAUGACCCUCUGCCCACAGAGAGUAGAAAUCAGAAUGUAAUGGCAAUGGCGGAACCGGACGUCAUAGCGAGCACGAAAGCGAACAGUCUGAAGCACAGUCGCGGUCCGUCGGCGGCCAUCGUGGCCAUGUCUGGCGCGGCGGGGGGUGCGGGCGGUGUGGGGGGGCCGGGGAGUGUGGGGGGCGCGGGGGGUACGGGCCGCCCCGCCAGCCUGCCCGCACACGGACCCGUCGCGCCGCCCAGGAAGAAGAAGCGCAACAAGCUGCACGGGUCGCAGUCGCUGUCGACGGCGGACGGCGACAACGUGAGCGUGUGCACGACGGACACGGACGAGUAUCGGUACGCGCCGCCUGCCACCCGCCGCCCCGACAAGCCGCAACUGGACUCGCUCGUUGUAGAGCCGCCGCAGUCGAGUCCCGCGAGCCAGUCGAUGGCGCUGCCGAGUCCCGCCAGCACCAUCGAGUCCCUCACGCGGGAGCUGCAGGACUCGCUCGAGCUCGACCCCACUAAAUACGGUGGUCACGAGCCCCGCGCCUCGCUGCGCCAGCCCGACCCCGCGCUCGAACUCUCUCGCGCGUUAUCCGGCGAGUACGUGGUGCGGCCCGCGGACGAGGAGCGCGCCCGCGCCGCCGGCGCCAGGACGCACAGCGAGGGACGCACCGCGCCCACCGCCGGACACUCCAGCCUCGGCUCUGCCACCAGACGCAGCAGCUCGUCGCCGCUGGGCGCGUGCCGGCGGCGGUCGGCGGGCGACGAGCACGCGCUGCUGCCGGCGCUGCGCACGCGCACCACCUCGGGCCACCAGCUCAGCGACAUCGAGAUCCUCGAGCAGGUCACCGUGCUCAACCUCGACACCGGUACUGACACACUCACGCGCGAACGCGUCCCAUUGAGCGUCGCGGAACACAAGCUGCCGCAGUGCAUCAACCCGCUCAGCUUGCACAUCAUGCGGCUAACUUCAGAGUACAUCGGCCGGUCCAACGACGACGAUAACACCAGGGCCGACGCCCGACGCAAGAUGUCGUGGCGGCGGCGGCUGUCCGUCACACUAUACGAGUCCAGAAUGGGCAUAUUGAGGAGGUCACCGCCCGCCACCCUGAGGCACACCGCCUCAAACCUCACUGUCACAUCUAGAGAGACGGACGAAGAGAGCGAGAGUGUGUGUGCAGGCGGCACCGAGGACGAAGCUAAAGAGGCGAAGAGAGAAUCCGCCGACAGGCAGACCACCGGCAUCAAGAGGAAAACUGAGAAACUGAAACGUUUCCUAGGCAGCACGGUGAAGAAGACAGUGGACGCCGCGAAGAGUCUCGCGCAGGAGGUCUCCCACGCGAGGCACAAGGAGGACGUGGCCGACAUCGCGGACGACGUCAGGGGCGAACACAAUAUCAAACUCAAGGCCUCCAACUCGCAUAAAGGACCUUACGACUUUGAUGGCUGCGUGAGACAUGUUCAGGAGAUGGGCAGCGGCCACUGCGGCGCGGUGUGGUGCUGCAAGUUCAGCGGCUGCGGGCGCCUGCUCGCCACGGCCGGCCAGGACCGUCUGCUGCGCGUGUGGGUCGCGCGGGACGCUUACCAUCUCUUCCAGGACAUGAGAACAAAAUACAACGCCGAACAGAAAUCAUCGCCGACACCUUCACAAGAAUCGCUGGCGUCACUCAGCGCCCCACCCCCGGCACCAGAGGACCAACCUCCCCUGGGACCCUCCGCUCCCUUCUGUCCAAAGCCGUUCUGCGUCUACUCGGGACACACUUCAGACCUCCUAGACGUUUCGUGGUCCAAGAACUACUUCAUUCUGUCAAGUUCGAUGGACAAGACUGUGAGGUUGUGGCACAUAUCUAGAGGAGAAUGUCUCUGCUGCUUCCAGCAUAUAGAUUUUGUGACUGCGAUAGUGUUCCAUCCGAGGGAUGAUAGGUAUUUCCUGUCUGGAAGUCUGGAUGGCAAGCUGAGGCUCUGGAAUAUACCUGAUAAGAAGGUGGCAGUGUGGAACGAAGUGGACGGCAAAACGAAACUGAUAACAGCGGCGAACUUCUGUCAGAACGGAAAAUUCGCUGUGGUGGGGACGUACGACGGCCGCUGCAUCUUCUACACCACCGACCAGCUCAAAUACCACACGCAGAUCGACGUGAGAUCCACUCGCGGCAAGAACUCCACCGGCAGGAAGAUCAGCGGCAUCGAACCCAUGCCCAAUGAUGAUAAGAUACUAGUCACAUCAAACGACAGCCGCAUACGACUCUACGACUUACGAGACUUAAACUUAUCGUGCAAAUACAAAGGAUAUGUUAACGUCUCAAGUCAGAUAAAGGCGUCGUUUUCCCACGACGGGAAGUACAUAGUCAGCGGAUCAGAAAACCAAUGCAUAUAUAUAUGGAAGACAUAUCACGAUUAUUCAAAGUUCACGUCGGUUAGGAGGGAUAGGAACGACUUUUGGGAGGGUAUUAAGGCUCACAAUGCUGUGGUGACUUGUGCAGUGUUCGCGCCCAAUCCGGAUCAUAUGAUUAAGAUGAUUAGCGAGAGGGAAGAAGAGGCUAAAGCGGCGAAUAAGGAGGCUGAUAAGGAGGACGAGAUGAAGGGUGCGGAGGGCGGCAUGGUGUCGUCGUCGCAGACGGGCCACGUGCUCGUCAGCGCCGACUUCAACGGCUGCAUCAAGGUGUUCGUGCACAAGGCCAAGCCCAAGCACAGCUCGCUGCCCGCCUCCGCGCUCGCGAAUGGCAAAUCCAGCAGUCGUACUGGUUGAACAUCAAAUUCGUAGGAUUGGAAUCAGUGAGGUAACAAGAGGCUGCGACUCGAGAUUAUACGAGAUAAUAUGUUAGCAAUAACGAUGUUCGAUGUAGGGUUAUGUUACACAGAUAUCACAAUUUUAUUUAUUAAUAGUAGAAAUAGUAGAUAUAUUCCAUAAUCGUGAAAAUUAUAUUAAAUACCUCAAUGUUACGUACGUUAUAUUUGCUGUUUUGCUUAACUUUUAACUAAGUAUAUUAUUUUUAAACAUAUGUCGAUAUCUUAUUGCACUUAAAUUUAAUUUGUUCAGAAAUGUAAUCUUCAGUGUACUAAUCCAAGAUUAUUUAAACCUGUUGCUAUAUCAAUGGAUGCUGUUUUUAGAAAAUGCACAGAAUAUUAAUGCAAAGCAAAAAAUUCUGAGAACAAACGUCCGGAAACAUCCAAAAAAUAAAAAAUAAAUAUUCUGUUCUAUAAUCGAGAAAAAAAGUUUAUUUAACAGUCAAUGACUACUGACUAAACUGACUUCUGUCAGAGAUAAGAGAAUGUUAUUACAGUACACGGCAGUAAAUAUUACACAUCAAGCUAUAGAAAGAGAAUCCUCAAAUCAUCCACGUAAUACCAAAUAUGUGUGUGACAGAGACGACGUUACAUGAAGCCGAAGUUAACCGAUUAUCUCUUUCUAAAUCAAAUAUGUGAUGUUACAGAUAGAGGCACGAAUCAUGAGCACACUCGUGAAUGUUCGGUUUUAUAUUUCGCGUGAUUGGUUCCUCAGUCGAUGCUCGUUGUCUAUUGACUUACACGUGCCAUGCGGCUAUUAUAAUAGGGUAUUUGACUGUGGUUGAUUUUGUGUAUUUUUGAUAUGUAACAGCAAUUAGUACAAAAAAGAAAGUCAUAUGUGAAAACAGCUUUAAAAUUCGAUAAGAAAUGAGGCAGUCAUUAAAUUUCAAAUAUUACUACGUGCAGGGAUGAUAUCGCUCCCUCUCUUUCUUUCGCACGCAUCGCAAUGCCCGUUGACGUCACAUGCAAGCAUUUCGUCUCUUUGCUGUUUCUUUGCUGUGUUUUGCUGCUGACACUACUACCCAAUUUCAUUGGCUUAUAACUUGUAGAUUAUUCAUCAGAUUUCAAAGAUUUCUUCUGUUUUAGAAUUUAUACGACGUAUAUAUUUUUAAAUAGUUAAUCAAAAAAUAAAGUAAAAUACCCUAAUUGGCCAAUUUAUACCUACAUCCGUUCGCCCCCACCACUGUUUAUCCGUGCUCAUGACUUGUGCCGUUUAUAGUCCCUCCUCUUUAUUUUUCAGUCAUGGUGAGAGUAUAUUAUUAUCUGAAUAGAAAUCAUGUUUAAACAAAUUUACAUGUGGGAAACUAGAAAUCUCGUUAUUAUAUUUAGAGCUUUGUUUAAAUGUCAAUAGAAUUGAAAUUUGUUGGUACAUUUUUAUAGAAUUUGUCCGAAAUGUGAACUGUUAAAAGGUUGUAUAUUACAUCAAAUCAGCUUUAAUUAUUUUUUAUUUGAUUAAAUCAUAAAUUGAACAAUUAUUUUGAAAAUUAACCAAAACUAAUAUAAUUCAUGAAAAUAACAUCAUUUUUUUACAUUUAAGACAAACACUAUUGAAAUGAUUAGUGAUACGCAAUACCGAAUUUUUCUUUUUAUUUUUUGUAUAUUAAUGUAUUUUAGGGUUAAGUUAUAUUUUUCAAAAAAGGUGAUAUUUCAAGGGCCAAUUUUUAAGGGUUAUUUUUAGUGUUUUCUCUGAGUCAUUAGAUUUAUGAAAUUUUCUUCUUUCGGUAAUAAUACGUGUGCAAAUUAUUUUUCUUUAUCCUGAACAGUAAAGAGUUGAAACUUCUAACUUUCGCCGAUUAAUCUUAAACUCUAUUUGAAAUGCUUUGUCUUUACGUUGGAUAUUUGAUGAAUUUAAAUUGUUUACCCACUAACUUGGCUCAGAAAAAAAAACUUUAACCAAGUUUUAUAUAAUUUAAAAUAAUUAAGCUAUUUUUGGUUCCAUAUCCCGCUAAGUUCAGAUUUAUCCUCAAAUUUAAUUUCUGGUCUUAUACUUACAUUACUUGGUGCAAAUUUCGUCUUGAAUAUUAAAAUGUCUUCCAAUAUUCUUAGUUUUACUAAAGGAAUCCCUUAAAAUUGGCCCUCUGUCUAUGUAUAAAUAUUUUUACUAUUUUAUAAAUUGUUCAUGUAUUUUAAUUAUUCAAUCACUGUACAGAAUAUAUUACGUUUGGUCUCUUAUGUUUAGCAAAGAAACUAUGACACCUAGGCAGCUAUCUAUAAACUAUAUAAUUAUAGUGUGCGCUAUGUUUAGAGAAAUCCACGUGUCGACAAUUGUCUGUAGUCAAACUAAUAUUGGCUAUUUUCAUAUCUAUAUCCGAAGCAUCCUCAUAGCAAUUCAUUCUGUUUCCAAUAAAAUUUGCGAAUUUGAAAAAUAAGUAAUCAAAACGUGAGCGCAAAAAAUAUCGAUUUUAUUUGAUAUUAUGAAUUUGAAUUUGUCGAUAUCGUAUAUCGAUAUAUUUAUAAUCGAUAGAUAUUGAAGUUUCAGAUCAGCUUGUUGUAAAUUUAUAUAUUGCACCACACCCUGUAUAUUUCAAACACUACGCGCACUAGUGUUAUUUUUGUGAGAUUUAUUUGUACAGAAAGAUGAAAAUUAUAUUUUAUUUAUAGUCUUUUAUAAGUCGUGCAAUUUUUUUUACAUUUGGCAAUAAAAAAUAUCGUAAUGGUUUUUAAAUUGUUGGGACCGACAUCAAAAUUAUUAUUUAUAUGAAAUUACAAUAUGAUUGAGUUUUUACAUUUACGUUGCGUUUGAAGGCAACAAAAUCGCGUUCUGCUGUAUCCAGUGAUGAACAACUAAGAUUUUUUUUACCCAAAAAUAUUAAGGAAUGUAUAAUGUAUUUAAAUGUCGCCUAGUCUUAAAAACAAUAUUCAGCCCCAACAAAAAUAUAUCGGAAUAAUUAAUAUGUAUAUUUCAGUCAUACAAGAGUUUAUUUUUUAAUAUAGUCUUGCCCAUUUGUAAUGUAAGUUAGUGUUAGUUGUAUAGAUAUUAUGAUGCCAUUGUAAUAAUGUAUGUAUGACUCGCAUUUACGUGUAUCAAUAAAACGUAUAGUUGUAUGGAG